GAACAUCUCAAACUCCCCUGCUCUUAAAAAAAAAUAAGACUGAGAUUUUUCAGUUGCAGAAGAGUUGAUUUAUCUAGUUGUAAUUGUAGAACAGUGCUGAGCCAAGCCAAGCUUACUAGUUUGUUUUGGUUCCUCAUGUUUUGGAAACAGAGUGUGUGUUUGUGAUUGCUGUUUUACAUAUUUUCAGGCUUUCAGUUCACUUGUUUCAUCACCAAGUAUCACGUUUUUCUCCAUUUGGUUCUGCUUUAUUCAUACACAAACGCACGCAUAUCAUCAUCAUAUAAGUAAGCGGAGAGAAGAGCGAGAGAGGAUGGUGGCGGCAGAGGAAGAGGCGGUGGUGACGGUGGUAAUCAGAGAGUAUGAGCCGGAGAAAGACCGCAAGAAGGUCGAAGAAGUGGAGAGGAUAUGCGAAGUUGGUCCCAGUGGGAAACUCUCCCUCUUUACCGACCAAUUGGGUGACCCUGUUUGCAGGAUUCGCAAUUCUCCUACUUCUCUCAUGUUGGUAGCUGAGAUUGCAGUAGGAAAUGGGAAUUCAAAGUCAGAGAGAGAAAUAGUCGGGAUGAUUAGAGGAUGCAUAAAAACAGUUACAUGUGGCAAAAAGUUAUCCAGAAAUGGCAGAAUGGAUCCUCCUCUUCCUAUUCCUGUUCCUGUUCUCACUAAAGUUGCCUAUAUCUUAGGCCUCCGAGUCUCUCCUUCUCACCGGCGAAUGAAAGUAGGAUUUAAGCUGGUAUGCAAAAUGGAGGAAUGGUUCAGACAAAAUGGUGCUGAAUAUUCAUACAUGGCCACUGAAAAUGACAACGUGGCAUCUAUUAAGCUCUUCGUUGAUAAAUGUUCUUACACGAAGUUCCGUACGCCUUCUAUUCUGGUCCAGCCAGUGUUUGCUCACCGAGUCAAGCUCUCCAGCCGGUUCACUAUCAUUAAACUCAGUCCUUUUGAAGCUGAGUCGCUGUAUCGCCGCCAGUUCUCCACCACCGAGUUCUUCCCGCGAGAUAUUGAUUCGAUACUGAAUAAUAAGCUGAAUCUGGGCACUUAUAUGGCGAUUCCGGGUCAUGAGAAAUGGGUCGGGUCGGAUAAUUUUCUAGCCGAGCCGCCCGAGUCGUGGGCUGUGAUGAGUGUGUGGAACUUAAAAGACGUUUUUAAAUUAGAAGUGAGAGGCGCGUCGGUUUUACGUAAGGCUUUCGCGAAGACGACUCGGUUAGUGGACCGGGCCUUGCCGUUUCUCCGGUUACCGUCGGUGCCGGCAGUGUUCAGGCCAUUUGGGCUGCAUUUCAUGUAUGGGCUUGGCGGAGAAGGCCCAAUGGCGGUGAAGUUAACCAAGGCCCUAUGUGGGUUCGCACAUAACUUGGCCAAGGAGCAUGGGUGUGGCGUGGUGGCCACUGAAGUCUCGGGACGUGAGCCACUGCGAGAAGGGAUUCCACACUGGAAAAGACUAUCGUGUGAUGAGGACUUGUGGUGCAUCAAACGGCUGGGGGAAGACUAUAGUGACGGUUCGGUUGGUGACUGGACUAAGUCAAAGCCCGGUCUGUCCAUUUUUGUUGAUCCUAGGGAAAUUUAGUGGUAAUAAUAUUAUGUCAUCAUAAUAAUGUAUAAUGAUAUGAUACGAACCUUUGCCCGCCCGAAUCUAAUCUCACAACAAAGUAGUAGUACAAAUUCAGUCGGCAGGUGUACUCAACUUUUGAUUUUCAACUGGUAUAUAUUUAGAAUAGAUUCAACAUUA